GCGCCUGCGCUCUGAGCUUCAUUCGAGGAAGUGCAUACUAGGGCAGUCUACUGAAGUGACCGAAGAGAGUUUGUUGUUAAAUUCACUUUCGCAUUGGAUUAAUCCACCUCGUGUCCUUUUCAAAAUGUCGGGAUAUGACAACAACCCGUUCGCAGAACCUACCAGCGACAACCCUUUCAACGAUCCUUCUGUCACUCAGGCGACCAGCUCCAACAUAGAACCAGUUGAACAGUACAACCCUUUCCCUGCCCAGUCUGAAGGCCUAGCUACUCAGACCACUCCGGCCUCCACCUCCCCCUUCCAGCCAGCCGUGUUACAGCCGUCUACAGAGCCUAGUCCGCGGGCCGUUGCUGCCGUAGCUCAGGCCGACCUGCAGAGGCAGCAGGAGGAGCUGGAGAGAAAAGCUGCUGAGCUGGACCGCCGAGAGCAGGACCUACAGAGCAGAGGCUUGACAGGUAAAGAGAACAACUGGCCUCCACUUCCAAAGAGCUUCCCCAUCAAGCCAUGUUUUUAUCAGAACUUCUCAGAGGAGAUCCCCCAGGAGUCCCGGAGAGUCUGCAAGAUGAUGUACUAUCUCUGGAUGUUCAACUGUGUGACUCUGUUCCUCAACCUGCUGGCCUGUCUGGCCGUCUUCACCAUUGAUGGAGGCUACGGUAUUGAUUUUGGCCUCUCUAUUCUCUGGCUCAUCCUCUUCACUCCCUGCUCCUUCCUGUGCUGGUACCGGCCCAUCUACAAGGCCUUCAAGACUGACAGCUCCUUCAGCUUCUUCUUCUUCUUCUUUGUGUUUUUCGUCCAAGUGGGCUUCUUCAUUAUCCAGAGUGUAGGCAUUCCCCAUUGGGGCAACAGUGGUUGGAUCACAGCCAUCAAUAUCAUCAGGGGCAAUGUGCCAGUGGGAGCCAUCAUGAUAAUAGUGGCCAUCCUCUUCACUAUAUGUGCUGUGACAUCUGUCUUCCUGCUCAAGAUGGUCCACAGCAUGUACCGCCGUACAGGGGCCAGUUUCCAGAAGGCCCAGCAGGAGUUCUCACAGGGCGUCCUCAGCAAUAAAACCUUCCAGACAGCGGCCGCUGGAGCAGCCACCUCCGCUGCCCAGGGAGCCUUUCAGGCCAACAACUAACAGUCCAGACGGCUGAGCGGAGCUCCUUUUAACAGGUCACGGUCUGUACGUUAUCAGGUCUAAGAUAAUUGACUGAACUAAAGAUGAACAAAUCAGGAAGUUUAGGUUCACUGAGAACAUGUUGGCAGGCACCGAACUAGCAGUGAUUCUUCCCGAGAGUUACCAGUUACUCUAGGAACAGCUUCUGCCUUUUGGAGCCAGCGGCUGGAUUUCUGUCAAUUAUAAUUGACCUAAUAAUGUACAGACCUGAAGCCAGGUGAGGCUACGCUUUUAGCCUCCCUGCUUUCACCCUCACCAUCAGUGCACAAGUAAUUCUCCAGGUUUCGCUUUUCACAUUCAGCACGCCUCACGAGAGCAACAUGGACCGUGCGGGUGUGAAAAGCGGCGGAGAGGGACAUCUAACAUCAAGUGCUACCAGGGGUGUAAACCAUUAAUGAAGUUGACUGAUUGCUAUCUCAGCAUGUCUUGGCUUGUAUAUUUGUGUACACCUUUUAGGCCAUGCUCUUCUGAAUGAGUGGCAUGCUUGUGUUUUUUUUUUGUUUUUUUUCCACACAAAUGUUGGAUCCUGCUCUUGUAAUAUAAAUAAGAUGAAGUGUUUGUUUUUGUCAUUGAUUGACAUCUGACAGAGAAUUUAAAUUCUCACAAGCUUAGCUGUUGAAACCCUUUGGUUCUGUGUGCCAUAGAUUUUAGUCUAAUUAGGAAUGAACAUAACUGUAGCUGAUUGUCUGAGCUUUGGAUAUUUGGAUUUGUAAAUAUUCUAAAUCUGGAGCCGCUCAUUCAGUGAGCACACGUACUCCUCUACUCCUCUCGGUGUUAAGUUGAAGCGUCUGCGCAAAUGCCAAAUCCACAGAGAAAAUCAGAGUGUUAUGCUUCACAUCAGGUCCAAUUUUCAAGCUCAUUUUUCUUCUGAAUGCCUUUUAAAGCAGCUUCAGCUGCAUCUACACACAUCCUCGUCAAGGAGUUGUAUCUAGGGAAAACCAAAGUAGUGCUAACUUUAAAACUGCCUCAUGAAAUCAGUUCAUUUUGUCCCAAGUAGAUUGACAUAAACUUACACCGUUAGCCUCACUGGGCUAAGUCAAUCCAAAAUACUGCCUUUUGAUUUUACUGAUCAUUUGUCAUGCAGAUGUUUUCUGUAACUGUAUAUCUGGCCAGUGUGGAUCGACGGGGGUAAUCAGGAGAUGUCUCACAGGUAUUCUCAGAAUUCAGAUUUGGCUCAUGUUCAACAUCGCCAGUACACAGCUGGGUUUCAACAUUGUUGCAAUUCCCAAACAAAUUUCAGCUCUAAAACAUCUCGCGUCUCUAAAUGGUGAUCACCAAGCUCUAAAUUAUUUGUGUAGAAAUGUAUGUGAUUUCUUCUAUGGAAAAGCAGAUGCGUGUGUGUGUUUAUUUUGUUGUAAAGUGUAAAAACUCUGGCUUCGGUGUUACAUGUCGGCACUUAGAGAACGAAUGCAGGUUCAGAUGAGAGCGUGAUGUUCUUGCACCAGAUAACAGUUUGAUGUUAUUCAUUAUGUAACACAGGCUUCGUAUUAAUUCACACAUUUCUGGAUUUAUUGCUUCGGGUGAACAAAAUGAUAUCCCUUUUUGUAUUUCAACGUUGAAUAUAGCAUCUAAUAAAAUGCUUUGCUUUCA